AUGUACGGAGCAAUACAGAACACACUCUUGCAUGUACAGCACGCCUACGGUACCCCACGGGCUCCUGGUGGCCAGAACCAACCAUGGGCGCAGGGCCUGCUCCGACGGUUGGCCGCCUCGGACCAUGGCGAGAGCCAACGCAGCCGUCGUCACGCCACGCCUGUUCAGGCGGCUUCGCCGAGUCGGAAUCGAGCGACGCGAAGCGGCCGGCGACGACCAACGACGGGGCGCAAGAGGCGCGGAAUGGCCAAGCAAAUUCUUCUCGUCAUGCUGCCGCGUCGUCGUCGUCGUGGCCGUGCACCGCAGAUGGACGGUUGGUGGCAAGCACAUGUACUUGGUACGCCUUUGCGGAUGGAUGGAAGGCCUGCGUGGGUGGAUGGGACCCGCGUGCGUGCUGUUGGAACAUGCACAAGUCCUCCUCUGCCAGCGUGGCCGUACUGCUGUGCGGCACCGACCUGUGCGGACGGAGGAACCGCGCCCCUCCGUCGUCCAUCGUCGUCCCCUUGGCAAGACGGCCGUUGGUGCCGCGGCAGCCGCACGGCGACGGGCGCCAAGCACAUCGACCGGCUCCUGCAGGAACGGAACAUGGCAGGCCCUGCCGUCGCCGGCCGUGUGGAAGAGGGACUCGAUGGCAGGAAGCGUACCUGCAUGAGGGCACAGGUACUUGCAGUUGGCCAUGACGCCGCAGCGCGUCUCGUGCUCGUGAAGCCCCCAGGAACAUGGGUGUACGGUGACGGUACAUGGUGGUGCAGAGUACUUGCAAUGAUACAUGGUGCGUCUUGCGAGCGAGGUAGCCAUCGGGUGAGAGCCGCCUGGAAGGCUCAGGAGGCAAAUGCGCCGAAGGAGACGAUGGCCGUCGUGACCUUGGGCCAGCGUCGUCGCAUGCGCGUGCACACGAACCCGCCGCAUGUGCAAGUACUUGCUGUGCAGGUACUUACACCUACACCCACAGUACUGUACACCUACACCUACGGUACACCUACACCUACGCCAACGCCUACACCUGCACCUUCACCAAGUACACCUACACGCAUCGCAACGCGGCAUGCUGGCCGCGCCGCCUCUGCCGCCCGUCGUCUCCUGCCGCGGCUGCUUCGGCCUGGAUCCCGUCGUCGCGUCGGGCACAGCACGGCGCCGCACCGAGGACGCGCCCACCCCGCUGCCCCUUUUCCCUCGUCGGCGCCUCGUCGGCGCCCCCCUCGUCGCGCGACUCGUGACUCGCCGCCCAGCCACGGCCACGCUCCGGCAUCGCGGCGGCCGCGGGACGCUAACCCCUAG